UCUCCUGGGGCAGAGCAUGGCUGAGCGACUGACUCGGAGAGGUUGGGCUCGGGCAGUUUUUGGGGCAUGGCUGGUGUUUACUUUCAUCAUUGGCACAGCUUAUAGGGGCAAUCUCACUGCAUCUCUCACGAUACCCAAGUACCCUCCAAGACCUGAAACUCUUGAAGAGCUCAUCAAAGUUACAAAGAGGGUGACAAUGCCACCUUACGGAAUACAGUUCCGAAACUUCUAUAGCCAAUCAGACUCCACGGUGUUCAAAACUCUUGCCAAACAGAUGGAUUUUGUACCAACAGCAUAUGAUGGUCUAAAAUAUGCCAGCGAGCAAAAACGUGCACACAUUGAAGUACGACGGUACUUGGAACUGGUAAUAGCACAAAAUUUCACCCUGGCAGAUGGCAGCACACCCCUCUAUCUUGGCCGUGAAAAUGUUUUCCCAGGACUGUCUGCCUGGCCACUGCCUCAUGAUGCACCCUACAAGUUUCACCUUGACCGCUGCAUUAUGGCCAUCACUGAGGCAGGUCUAUAUGAGAAGUGGAGUCAAGAUGUAAUGGUAUGGGCCAGAAAACAGUCCCCUGUUGGGCAGCAACAGGAUGGUGGUGAAGGUGGUGGUGGUGAUGGUGGUGGUGAUAGCAACACCAAGGCACUAACACUCUCUCACCUGCAGGGACCUAUUUUCCUUCUGCUUGUUGGUUUAGGCUUUGCAUUACUUUCAUUCACAGUAGAAUUUCUAACAGCCUGGUGCCAGAAGCCUAAAGGAACCAAAAAGAUGGCAUGUGGCAAAUUUAAUUAAUUAUUCACAACAGUUUACCCAUUCAGCACAUGCUUAUUUAAAGAAACUUUGUUUAUUAAAAAAGAAAAGGGAUCAAACAUUGCUGAACUUUAAUAAGGAAAUAACUUCAUAAUUUAAAGUGAGGAAAAUGUUGGACUUUUUGUCUAUGGAUUGUGCACAGCAAUUGCACCAUGUAUUAUUACAUUUGCAAAAAAGAUCUAGAGGUGACUUACCAGAGAGCAGGAACUGUACUUCCCACUUCCAGCACCCAAGUUUGGCAAACUAGUUUCCCCAAAUUCCUUCAUGUUACAUUGCUCACACUA